CGACGGGGCGCACGCGCAGUAGGGCGGACGCAGUCAGCCCGGAGGCGGCGGGAAAGGUGCGCGGAGUCGGCCCCGACGCCUGCGCAGUUGCCCCGGGGGCCCGAGGACGCGUGGGGCGGGGAGGAAGAGCGUCCGGGCGGCGGCGUCGCGGGCGCAGUGCGCAGGCGCGAGGCGGGGAGUGACGUAGGUGCACGUAGUGGGACCGCGCGGCCGGCGUGUUCCGGAGCCUCCUCCAGGUCGGCGUCAUGGCGCUGCUGCUCCGCCGGCUGCUCGUCCCCGCGGCCUCCGUCCUGCUCCGCGCCGCCUCCACCCCGGGCCCCGGCCCGCUGCCCCGCCUGCUGUCCGCGCUGCUCGGGCCCCGCCGCCCCGCCGCCCCGCCGCCGCCCGUCGCCCCGCCGCCCCCCGCGCGUGGCUUCAAGACCCGGGCGGCUCUGCGCAGGCGCUGUCGGGCCUGCCGGCUGGUCAAGCGCCGCGGCCGCUGGUUCGUCGUCUGCGAGCAGCACCCGCGCCACAAGCAGCGCCAGCUGUAGGCGCCCACCGGGCAGGGCACCCACCUACUGGGCCCAGCACCCUUCCUCCGGACUGGCCGACGCCCCCCGGACCCAGCAGCACCCACUAGGCCGGGGCACCCUCCCUCCGGACUCAGCAGCAAGCACCCUCCCUCUGGACCCAGCAGCAAGCAUCCUCUCCCCAAACUGGCCGACGCCCGCUGGACCCAGCAGCAAGCACCCGCAGCCGGGCUGACCCUGGGGCCCAGGAGCAUUAAAUUGUGUUUGAUUCUC